GAGGAGACCAAAGUGGGUCAGAGGCACACGUUAUGCUCAGGCAGUUCCAUGUGCCCCCACGUGGACGAUGAUCGGCGAAGAAAUACAAAACCACAGCAGAGCUUAACAUUUGUGGUGGAAAGCAAAGAAAGACGACCUAUAACAGCAGCAGCAGCAGCAGCAGCGGACUCUCUCACUGUUCUCUGAUCUUCCUGCGAAGCUGACAGAGAAAGAAAGCAGAGAUGGAGAAGGGGAGUGAUGGGUUUGUGAGGGCGGAUCAGAUUGAUCUGAAGAGCUUGGAUGACCAGCUGGCGAGGCACCUCAACAGGGUGUUGACCAUGGAGAAGAACAAGAAGAAAGAGGAAGAUACAGUUGAUAAUAGUAAUAGUAUUAUCGUUAAUAAUAAUAAUAAUAAUAUUAACGGCUUGCUUGCCGCCAAGACUGUGAUAAAGGAGAGGCAGGAGUGGGAGAUCGACCCCCCUAAGCUCAUCAUCAAGACCGUGCUUGCCCGUGGCACCUUCGGCACCGUUCACCGUGGCAUCUACGACGGCCAGGAUGUAGCUGUUAAAUUGCUCGACUGGGGUGAGGAGGGUCAUAGGACGGAAGCUGAGAUUGCUUCAUUAAGGGCAGCUUUUUCACAAGAAGUUGCUGUGUGGCAUAAGCUAGAUCAUCCUAAUGUUACUAAGUUUAUAGGAGCAACAAUGGGCUCAUCAGAACUACAACUACAAACUGAUAAUGGUCAAAUUGGCAUGCCAAAUAGUGUCUGUUGUGUUGUUGUGGAAUAUCUUCCUGGGGGUGCUCUGAAAUCUUACCUCAUAAAAAACAGGAGAAGGAAGCUAGCUUUUAAGCUCGUCAUCCAGCUUGCACUAGAUCUUGCUAGAGGGUUGAGUUACCUUCACUCGCAGAAGAUUGUUCACAGAGAUGUAAAGACAGAGAACAUGCUAUUGGACAAGAAAACUACAGUAAAAAUCGCCGAUUUUGGGGUUGCUCGUGUUGAGGCUUCAAAUCCUAAUGACAUGACUGGGGAGACAGGGACACUUGGUUAUAUGGCUCCUGAGGUUCUCAAUGGCAAUCCAUAUAACAGGAAAUGUGAUGUGUACAGUUUUGGAAUCUGUUUGUGGGAGAUAUAUUGCUGUGACAUGCCAUAUCCCGACCUUAGCUUCUCAGAAGUGACUUCAGCUGUGGUUCGUCAGAAUCUGAGACCAGAGAUACCAAGAUGUUGCCCAAGCUCCCUAGCAAAUGUAAUGAAGCGAUGUUGGGAUGCCAACCCUGACAAGCGACCAGAGAUGGAAGAGGUAGUUUCCAUGUUAGAGGCAAUUGACACAUCAAAAGGUGGAGGUAUGAUCCCCGGCGAUCAGCCUCAGGGUUGUCUUUGCUUUCGCAAGCAUCGCGGUCCGUAAAUUCUUUGGUCCCAUAAACAACUUGGUGUAAUUAUUUUGAAGACCAGAGAGAUCUAGUCAAAGUUCUAGUGAAGAAGAUAGAAUUUGGGAUAGCUUGAUGAGAUAAACAGAUGGUGGUGGGUAUAGGCGGAGGAGCUGUGCUACACAUCUCACUUUGUUUGAUGAUGUAUAGCCCUUUUUUUUUUCUUUCUUUUUUUUCUUUUUUAAACAUAUUUUUUCUUAAAUACCUUUCCAGUUUACAAAAUAUGUGUAUUUAUUCUGGUUGUUGGACUGGCCCUGCAGCCUCUUUGUAAGAUCUCCCAUUGAUAUAGUAGUGAUAAUUGUUAUUGUUAUAAUCAACUUGAACCUCAGUGCCAUCUCAAUCUGGUAUGUGCUCUCAGCCAAAGCAUUUGGUUGAUGUAAUGCAAUAAUGAUUUUAGUUUCUCUUUAAGGAGACUUGUUUGCUA